GAAACAACAAUAGAUACAUUUAUCCUUCUCGGAUUUGGGGAUGCCCCUGAACUUCAGAUUCUUCUCUUCUUGGUUUUCUUAAUAAUCUACAGUGCAACCAUGGCUGGAAACAUCAUCAUCAUUGUGUUAGUAACCACAGAUCGUCACCUUCACACUCCCAUGUACUUCUUCCUUGGAAAUCUGUCCUGUCUGGAGACCUUCUACACUUCAACUCUUCUGCCCAGGAUGUUGGGGAGCUUUCUGACAGGAGACAGAAGCAUUUCUGUUGGAGGAUGCUUCGCCCAGCUUUAUUGCUUUGGUACACUAGUGAUUGCUGAAUGUUACCUGCUGGCAUCAAUGUCAUAUGAUCGAUAUUUGGCAAUAUGCAAACCCCUCCAGUAUGCAACCCUCAUGAGCAGAAGACUCUGCUUUCUAUUGUCAGCUGCAUCUUGGCUUUGUGGGAUUACAGUUAUGACUUUACUACUGAGUUUGAUGUCACAGCUGAAAUACUGUGGUCCCCAUGAAAUUGAUCAGUUCUUUUGUGACCUUGCGCCAGUGAUUAAUUUAUCAUGCAGUGACACAACCCUAGUUACACUUGUGGGACUCAUAGUCUCUAUCAUAGAUGGGGUUCCUUCUUGCCUUCUGACAUUGCUGUCUUAUGUGCAUAUAAUUGGUGCUAUUAUACAAAUUCAAUCUUCUGAUGGGAGAAAGAAGGCUUUUGCCACCUGUUCUUCCCACCUCAUUGUAGUUUCCAUAUUUUAUGGUUCUUUGAUAUUUGUAUAUGUGCUACCAAAAAAAGAAACUCUGAAGGAAGUGGAUAAGAUCUUCUCAGUCUUCUACACAGUCUUAACCCCUCUAAUUAAUCCCCUUAUUUACAGUUUAAGAAACAAAGAGGUUAAAAAAGCUUUCAGGAGACGUGUAAAUAAAUGUGGGAUUUCUAAAUUAUUUGUCAGGGAUGCAGAGUAA